GCCACCGCGCCCCGCCCCGCCCGGGAUCCCGGGAGCUGUCCGGCCGCCUCGGUGCUGAUCCCGCCGCCGCCCACGGGCAGCGAGCAGCGUAGAGAGGGCACUAUGAGCGGGGGCGUCUACGGCGGAGAUGAGGUGGGGGCGCUCGUCUUUGACAUUGGCUCCUUCUCAGUCCGAGCUGGGUACGCUGGGGAGGACUGCCCCAAGGCUGACUUCCCCACCACUGUGGGGCUGCUGGCCGCAGAAGAGGGGGGCGGGCUGGAGCUGGAGGGGGAGAAAGAGAAGAAAGGGAAGAUUUUCCACAUCGACACCAAUGCCCUGCACGUGCCUCGAGAUGGAGCGGAGGUUAUGUCGCCCCUCAAGAAUGGCAUGAUUGAGGACUGGGAGUGCUUCCGAGCCAUCCUGGAUCAUACCUACAGCAAACAUGUCAAGUCCGAGCCAAACCUGCACCCAGUACUCAUGUCGGAGGCUCCGUGGAACACUCGGGCCAAGCGGGAGAAGCUGACAGAGCUGAUGUUCGAGCAGUACAACAUUCCUGCCUUCUUCUUAUGCAAGACAGCCGUGCUCACAGCCUUUGCAAAUGGACGCUCCACAGGCCUGGUGCUGGAUAGCGGGGCCACUCACACUACAGCCAUCCCAGUCCAUGAUGGCUAUGUCCUACAGCAAGGCAUCGUCAAGUCACCCCUGGCAGGGGACUUCAUCUCCAUGCAGUGCCGGGAGCUCUUCCAGGAAAUGGCUAUUGAUAUCAUCCCCCCUUACAUGAUUGCAGCCAAGGAGCCUGUACGGGAGGGAGCCCCCCCAAACUGGAAGAAGAAGGAGAAGCUACCCCAAGUCUCCAAGUCCUGGCAUAACUACAUGUGUAACGAGGUGAUCCAAGACUUCCAGGCCUCCGUACUGCAGGUGUCUGAUUCCCCUUAUGAUGAACAGGUAGCUGCACAAAUGCCUACUGUGCAUUAUGAGAUGCCCAAUGGCUACAACACGGACUAUGGCGCGGAGCGGCUUCGCAUCCCAGAGGGCCUGUUCGAUCCCUCUAAUGUCAAGGGCCUGUCUGGAAACACCAUGCUAGGAGUGGGUCACGUGGUCACCACCAGCAUCGGCAUGUGUGACAUUGACAUUCGCCCGGGUCUCUAUGGCAGUGUCAUUGUCACUGGUGGCAACACUCUGCUUCAGGGGUUCACAGACAGACUUAAUCGGGAGCUUUCCCAGAAGACCCCACCGAGCAUGCGGCUCAAGCUCAUCGCCAGCAACAGCACCAUGGAACGCAAGUUCAGCCCCUGGAUUGGGGGCUCCAUCUUGGCUUCACUGGGUUCAGGAGGGGGCACAAGCAUGGAGCAACGUUGGGGUCUACUUCGGAGAGUGCAACAGUGGUCCCCAAGACCCUCUCAGACCAUCUACAGACGAGUUGAAGGCCCUCAGCUGGAGCACCUGGAGGAGGAAGAUAGGGAGGAAGGGGCGGAGCUUCCAGCCCAGUUCUGCCCCAUGGAACUCAAAGGCCCUGAGCGCUUAGGCUCCUGUCCCGGGAGGUCAAUUCCCAUACCCUGGGCUGCAGCAGGUCGAAUGGCUGCCCCCUAUCUGGUCCUGACCGCCCUGCUAAUCUUCACUGGGGCCUUCCUCCUGGGCUACGUGGCCUUUCGAGGGUCCUGCCAGGCAUGCGGGGACUCCGUGUUGGUGGUCGGUGAAGAUGUCAACUCUGACGACUCCCACCGGGGCACGUUGUAUUGGAGUGACCUCCAGGCCAUGUUUCUCCGGUUCCUUGGGGAGGGGCGCAUGGAGGACACCAUCAGGCUGAUCAGCCUUCGGGAACGCGUGGCUGGCUCAGCCAGGAUGGCCACCCUGGUCCAAGACAUCCUCGAUAAGCUCUCGCGCCAGAAGCUGGACCACGUGUGGACUGACACGCACUAUGUGGGACUUCAGUUCCCGGACCCGGCUCACCCUAACACCCUGCACUGGGUGGAUGCAGACGGGAGUAUCCAGGAGCAGCUACCGCUGGAGGAUCCGGAAGUCUACUGUCCCUAUAGCGCCACGGGCAACGCCACGGGCAAGCUGGUGUACGCCCAUUACGGGCGGCCGGAGGACCUGCAGGACCUGAAAGCCAAGGGCGUGGAGCUGGCCGGCAGCCUCCUGCUAGUGCGAGUUGGGAUUACUAGCUUCGCCCAGAAGGUAGCCAUUGCCCAGGACUUUGGGGCCCAUGGAGUGCUAAUAUACCCUGACCCAGCAGACUUCUCCCAGGACCCUCACAAGCCAGGCCUGUCUAGCCGCCAGGCUGUGUAUGGACAUGUGCACCUGGGAACUGGAGACCCUUACACACCUGGCUUUCCAUCUUUCAAUCAAACCCAGUUCCCUCCAGUAGAAUCAUCAGGCCUUCCCAGCAUCCCCGCCCAGCCCAUCAGUGCCAACAUUGCUGAUCUAUUGCUCAGGAAACUCACAGGCCCCGUGGCUCCCCAGGAAUGGAAAGGUCACCUCUCAGGCUCUCCUUAUCGGCUGGGCCCUGGGCCAGGCUUACACCUUGUGGUCAACAACCACAGAGUCUCUACUCCCAUCAGUAACAUCUUUGCGUGCAUCGAGGGCUUCGCAGAGCCAGAUCACUAUGUUGUUAUUGGGGCCCAGAGGGAUGCAUGGGGCCCAGGAGCAGCCAAGUCUGCAGUGGGGACUGCCAUCCUGUUGGAGCUGGUUCGAACCUUUUCUUCCAUGGUCAGCAAUGGGUUCAGACCUCGAAGGAGUCUUUUGUUCAUCAGCUGGGAUGGAGGUGACUUUGGCAGCGUGGGAUCCACAGAGUGGUUGGAGGGCUACCUCAGCGUGCUACACCUCAAAGCUGUCGUGUAUGUGAGCCUGGACAACUCUGUGUUGGGAGAUGGCAAGUUCCAUGCUAAGACCAGCCCCCUUCUCGUCAGCCUCAUUGAGAAUAUCCUGAAGCAGGUGGAUUCCCCUAACCACAGUGGACAGACGCUCUAUGAACAAGUGGCACUCACCCACCCAAGCUGGGAUGCUGAAGUGAUUCAGCCCCUGCCCAUGGACAGCAGUGCAUAUUCCUUCACAGCUUUUGCGGGGGUCCCAGCUGUGGAGUUCUCUUUCAUGGAGGAUGAACGGGUGUACCCAUUCCUGCACACGAAGGAGGAUACAUAUGAGAAUCUGCACAAGAUGCUGCGAGGUCGCUUGCCUGCCGUGGUCCAGGCAGUGGCUCAGUUCGCAGGCCAGCUCCUCAUCCGACUGAGCCACGAUCAUCUACUGCCGCUGGACUUCGGCCGCUAUGGAGACGUGGUUCUCAGGCACAUCGGCAACCUCAAUGAGUUCUCUGGGGACCUCAAGGCGCGCGGGCUGACCCUGCAGUGGGUGUACUCUGCAAGAGGGGACUACAUCCGGGCUGCGGAGAAGCUGCGGAAGGAGAUUUACAGCUCAGAGCAGAACGAUGAGCGUCUGAUGCGCAUGUACAACGUGCGCAUCAUGAGGGUGGAGUUCUACUUCCUGUCCCAGUACGUGUCACCGGCCGACUCCCCAUUCCGCCACAUUUUCCUAGGCCAAGGCGACCACACUUUGGGUGCCCUGGUGGAUCACCUGCGGAUGCUGCGCUCCGAUGGCUCAGGAGCCGCCUCUUCCGGGUCGACACCAGGUCUGGGCUUCCAGGAGAGUCGCUUCCGGCGCCAGCUGGCGCUGCUCACGUGGACGCUGCAGGGGGCAGCCAACGCCCUCAGUGGCGACGUUUGGAACAUCGACAAUAACUUUUGAAGCCAGAAGCCCUCAGACCCUCCUUUCUCCCUGUUUGAGUGGUGCAGGCAAAGGAGGUGCCUGAGAUUGCGACCUAUCCUCCUCAACACCUUUGGUCCUGCAAGGCUCGUGAGCCAUAUUUUCUCAGUGUGGCUGUCAUGCCGCUGCUUAUCCACAAAGCGGCUUUCUUCCCAACACAGGCCCUCCAUCUUCAGGAGCAAAGUUCCCCAUAUCUAGAGACUCUCUAGACGCUGGGAUCUGAUCAGCUCUUAGCGGGCGAGAUGGAUAGCGUCAUUAUCUUGUGACACAUGGGCAGUAUGUGGGCGGCCCAGGGGGAUUAGAUGUCAAUAAACCAAUUGUAACCUC